AUGGCGGAUGAUGCCAACCGUUCAGCCCCCUUCCUGGCAGCGAACGGUGCAAGAGAUGUGGAACUCACAGCUACGGAUGCCACCGUUCCAGCGAUGAAUGGUGAAGGGCCAGCCCCCGAUGCUGAUGUGCGACGGAAAAACAUCAAAGCCAUGUUUGCAUUUCAGCUUUUCAUCUCUUUGGCCUGGGGCACUGCCAUGGGCCCAAUCUUCGACAAGUAUCUCUACCUGUUGGGCUCGGGCUUGGCGCGUGGGCCCAUGCUUUUUCCUGUGAAUCGUGCCAACUCUUUGGUUGGUGUUGCCGAGAGCGUGUCUGGUAUCACAAGCCUGAUAGCAGCAAUUCCAGUGGGAUAUGUCGUGGACCGACGGCCGGACCAGCGUGCACACCUUCUCCGGUUGUCGACCGGCAUCGCGUUGCUGGCGGUGAUUUGUGGAAUCGUUGUUGUCGCAACGGACGAAAUGAUAGUCGUUUUUGCAAUGCUCAUUUGCUUUGGUCUUUUCAUGGAGCUUGCUUCAAGCGCUUCAGAGGCAAUCUUUGCAGAUAGUAUUCCUGCUGGCGAGCGUGCUGCGCUUUUUGUGACAAAGUCUGUGAUCAGCACAGUGGGUGCAGCAUGUGGCCCAGGCAUAGCAGCAGUUGGACUGGCGCUGCUGGGUGACAAGUGGGAGCCCUACCAGAUCAAGAUCAUUAUGGUGCUUGGCUUGUUGCUGAUGCUGCCUACGAUUCUCCCUUUGUUCAUCUUCCAUGACCCGAAGCUUUCCCCGGUAGCCAAUGGUGUCAACGGUGCCAGCCCGGAAAGCAGGCAGAGCACAGAGGAUGCUGAAAGCGCCCAGUCCAGCCCGAUCAGUAGAGCACGCUUGAAAUGCCUCAACUCCAAGCAUGUGCCUUUCAUCCUGGCGCUCUCGGACUUUAUCACCUGCAUCGGUGCUGGCAUGACUGUCAAGUUCUUCAAUCUAUUCUUUAUCCAGGACGAGCACUUCUCACCAGUUGCCAUCAGUUUACUUCAGACUGCCUAUCCUUUGGUCAUCGCUGGUUUCAUGAAAAUCACGGAGCGGUUGGCCAAACCACUGGGCCGUCCGCAAGCAUCGCUCACUUUCUUCAGUCUCAAUGUGCUGUGUCUCCUUCUGAUGGCAGAGGUCCGCUGGCUGCCGGCGUUGUUGCUUGUCUUCCUCGUGAGGGGUGGCAUGGCCAACAGCACCUAUCCGAUCGACCGCUCAAUCCUGAUGGACUUCACACCAUCUUCACAGCGCGGCAUGUGGAAUGCAGUGAGCAGUCUGACCUCCAUGACUUGGAGUGGCAGUGCUUUCCUGGGCGGUGUGCUUUCGGAUGCCCGAGACUACAGGUAUACUUUCCUCAUAACAGCCCUAGUGUAUGCCUCAGCAUGCCUUGUCUACUUGCCGCUGCUAUAUCUGGUGCCCCGAAAAGAGAAGGAAGCCGCGAAUGCGUCGGUCACAGCCUCAGCUGAACCCUGCAACGAUGUCAGCGCAAACAACCUGAGACAGUGGAAGCCCUUUGGCCUCUGCACCCAGGUCCGCAUAGGUCCGCCACUCGUAUCAGUGACAAUCAGUACAGUGUACAGCUACGCUUGCUUAGCCACACAAGCUUGUGCCUGUAGCAUCGAGAAAAAGGUCUAUUUGGCAGCUGUUGACCGAUGGGGGAAUGCGUGCUCCUUCAUCAAUUCCAAUUACAUGGGAUUUGGCACUGGAAUUGUGCCGGAAGGUUGUGGUUUCACGCUGCAAAACCGUGGGCACAACUUCAUUCUGAAAGAAGGCCAUCCCAAUUGCGUGGGGCCAAGCAAGUACUGCUACCACACCAUCAUUCCAGGCAUGGUCACGCACGAGGACAGCAAGGAUCUCUUUUGCACCCUGGGCGUCAUGGGUGGCUUCAUGCAGCCCCAGGGCCACUUGCAGGUGCUUUGUGCAAUGGCGGAUUAUGGCUUAGAUCCACAAGCAGCGUUGGACCAGCCGCGUUUCUGCUUGCAAGGUGUGGACAGUGCCAUCGGUGCGGAGAGCGCAGAAACUGCACAAUUGCUCCUUGAAGAAGGCUUGCCACAAGAGACGCAGGAUGGCUUGCGUGCUUUGGGCCAUGAUGUGGUUGUGGUGACUGGCUGGCAACGCCUUGUUUUCGGCCGCGGACAGGUGAUUUGCGGCGGCCUGAGGUGA